AUGCUUUGUGGAAUUUCUGGAGAGGCUCCUCAAGAGCCCGUCGUGUCUAAAAAGUCCGGUGUCGUCUACGAGAAGCGUCUUAUCGAACAAUACAUCAACGAGCAUGGCACCGAGCCCGAUUCCGGGGAGGCUCUGACAGCCGAUGACCUCCUGCCAGUCCAUUCGUCGCGUAUUGUCCGACCGCGUCCUCCUACCCUGACAUCCAUCCCUGCCCUCCUCGCGACCUUCCAGAACGAAUGGGACGCGCUCGCCCUGGAGACAUAUAACAUCAAAGAGCAGCUCGCGCGCACUCGGGAAGAGCUCGCUACAGCGCUGUACCAGCACGACGCUGCUGUGCGAGUUAUUGCACGACUUACGAGGGAGCGAGACGAGGCUAGAGAUGCUUUGAGUAAGGUUACGGUGACAGGAGUUGCGGCCGAUAGCGAUUCGAUGCAGGUUGACAGCGUGGAGAAGCUACCGGAGGAGCUUGUUGCAAAGGUGGAUGAGACUCAUCAGACAUUAUCAAAGGGUCGCAAGAGACGUCCUGUCCCCGAGGGCUGGGCUACCGGCGACGAGAUUUCAGCCUUUGAGAGCGCGGCUACGCACUCUCUACCUGUGCCUGAUGCCACCGCCCUUACUGUCGGAGGAGCCAACGCUGCUGCUAUUGGAGGCUUGAAGGGCCAGGCAGUUAUCUACUCUACCACCGAAGACAAGGUUGAGCUAUCAAUUUCAGUAGAGGAACCCGUUACAGAUGCUGCCUGGGCUGAGGCUGGCGUCGCUUUUGCGACUGGUCAAGGUAGCGUCAAGGUCUUCAAGGAGGGUAACCAGGUUGCUUCCAUGAGUGAGCAUGCUGGUGCUGCUACAGCGCUGAGCCUUCACCCCAGCGGUAAGAUCCUAGGCUCCGUUGGUACGGACAAGAGCAUCGUUUUCUACGACUUGGCUGCGCAGAAGCGUGUUGCUCGCGCUUACACCGAUUCUGCUCUCACAUCUUGCGCAUUCCAUCCUGACGGUCAUCUCUUUGCCGCCGGUACCACUUCAGGUGAAAUCAAGCUCUUCAUGACCAACACCCUCGAGCAAGCUGCCUCUUUCAGCCUCGGCGCCCCUAUCCAAGCCAUCAGCUUCUCCGAGAACGGCUACUGGUUUGCGGCCACAGCCAAGGGUCAGACCAUGGUGACCAUCUUCGACCUGCGAAAGGAGGGAGACGGCGCGGUGGCCAAGGUUCUCGAGACUGGCGGGCCGGUCCAAUCCCUUGCCUGGGACUUCAGCGGACAGUUCCUCGCCACUGGCGGAGCUGCCGGAGUAACAGUGCAACAAUACGCCAAGUCUAGCAAGAAGUGGAGCGAGCCUCUGAAGAACUCUACACCCUCCGUCGCGGUCCGAUGGGGAGAGUCUGCGAAGCAGCUGGUGACAAUCAACGGCGAGGGUGUGGUCAACGUACUUGCGACAAAGGAAUAG